AUUUGCAUGGCCCCGCCCCCUCGGUGACACGGCUGGCGCGGGCCGGCCCGUCCCCCCUGCCCCUGGGUCGCUCUUUUUAAGCUCCCCUGAGCCGGGGCUGCGCUCCUCUAAUUGGGACUCCGAGUCGCGGCUAUUUCUGGCGCUGGCGCGGCUCCAAGAAGGCAUCCGCAUUUGCUACCAGCGGCGGCCGCGGCGGAGGCAGGCCGGUCCUCAGCGCCCAGCACCGUCGCUCCCGGCAGCCCGGAGCGCGCACCGCAGGCCGGCGGCCGAGCUCGCGGAUCCCAGCCAUCACUCUUCCACCUAAUCGUAAGAGGAGGAAAGAUGAGCGAGUCGAGCUCGAAGUCCAGCCAGCCCCUGGCCUCUAAGCAGGAAAAGGAUGGGACUGAGAAACGAGGCCGGGGCAGGCCGCGCAAGCAGCCUCCGGUGAGUCCUGGGACAGCGCUGGUAGGGAGUCAGAAGGAGCCCAGCGAAGUGCCAACACCUAAGAGACCUCGGGGCCGACCAAAGGGAAGCAAAAACAAGGGUGCUGCCAAGACCCGGAAAACCACCACAACUCCAGGAAGGAAACCAAGGGGCAGACCCAAAAAACUGGAGAAGGAGGAAGAGGAGGGCAUCUCGCAGGAGUCCUCAGAGGAGGAGCAGUGACCGUGCCUGCUGCCUGCUCCCUUCACUGAGGAGCAGCUUUCUGGGACUGGACAGCUUUGCUCCGCUCCCACUGCCCUGCCCCUUCCCCCAUGCCCCCAUCACCACUGCCUCUGCCAGCCCCCUACCUGCCCUCACUUCCACACUACACAGCACACCAGCCACUGCGGGGCCCCUGUGGGCUGUGUGGGAAGCAGUUUUCCCCUGGCCUUGGUUCCCAGCCACCCCUCCAACCCAUACAUACACACUUGCUCUCCUGGACAAGGCUAACAUCCCAUUUAGCCGCGCUCUGCACCUGCUCUGUCUCCACUCCCUCAACGGUGAGGACACUGCUCUCUGGGCUCUUGGUUUGGGGGCCCUUUUUGCUCCUCUACUGUUCCCUCUGGCUUCCCAGAGAGAGUCCUGGGAGGACUCCCCUGGCCUUAAAAGGGGCCCAAGCCCCAUCUCAUUCUGGCAUGUCCCAUGCCACUGCCCUGGCAACAGGUGUGGCCAAGGGAGGUGGCUGCUUGGCCCCUAGCCAGCCUGUGUCUUUGUCACCAUGUUGGGCUUACUUCCACUUUUCUUCCUUCCCUAGUCUCUGUACUAGGUUGGACACCCCUUGGGGCACAGGAAGAAAGGUGGAAGGGGUAUGAGUCCUUCCCCCUUAACAUGGGUCCUAGCUCACCUUUCCCUAUGCCUAGGAUCUGAGACUAUUUGAGUGCUGGAGGCACAGUCACCCCUUUUCCAGGAGAGGCCCAGAUUCCCUGCAGCAGCCACCUAAGGUGGGCUGGGUCUGCUUGCCCUACUCUACCUGCUCCUACCCUCCCCCUGCAGCCAGGGCUCACCCUGCCUACACCCCACCCUCCUGCUCCUCCCUAACCCCCAAGGUUCUGGUUCCAUCUUUCCUCUGUUCACAAACUACCUCUGGACAGUUGUGUUGUUUUUUGUUCCGUGUUCCAUUCAACAUCGUCAUUGCUGCUACCAGCACCAAAUGGUCAUCCUCAUCGACUCCUGUUCUGCCCACAUCAACCCCUCCCCCAAGAUACUCUAUGGGGAAGGGGGGCGGAGGCACAGCAGGCUGGGUUACUGACCACCCCAGUCCCAGGGAAGGUGGGGCCCUGCCCCAAGGAUGCUGCAGCAGAAUGAGGAGGGGGGCCUAAAUUGACCACGAAGGGUAUAGGGGCCACCUUCUCCCCCCGUUGGGGAGGGGGUGGCCAUAAUUUGUCCCGGCCUGGGGCUCCCCCUCUGGUUUCCUAUUUGCAGUUACUUGAAUAAAAAAAAUCCUUUUCUGGA